AAAUCACGCGUAUAAAUUCGUGACAAAAAUUACUGUUUUAUGCGAGUGAAAACUAUUUAAAACGGUAUAAAAGUGUGCUUAAUGCGGCGUUGAAUCGCUGGUGAUAGUUUAAAACCGGAAAGAACGUUGUGCCGUUGCAUUUAGAGGGAGAAAAUUCACUCCAAAGAAACGUCUGUACAAUAUCGACGGAAGCCAUAUUCGCUGCGAGAUACUUUAAAUCAAAAUAUUCAACAAUGGUGGACUGUGCUAGGCAACUGCUGGAUGAGUUGAUGGGACGAAAUAGGAAUUUGGAUCCUUCGAUGAAGAGCAAAGAGCUAAAUUGGGAAGAUGAAGAGUUCUGCCCUUAUUUCAUCGUAAAGUUUUGUCCGCACGAUCUGUUCGUUAACACCCGGGCGGACCUCGGGCAGUGUGGUAAAUUGCACGACGAAGAGGCUAAGAAAAUGUACGAAAAUACCAAGCCGGGUCGGAAGAAGCUCCAGUACGAGGAGGAUUUUUUGCGCUUCUGCAGUAACAUGAUCAACGAGGUCGAUAGGAAGAUAGUUAAAGGUAAGCAAAGACUUCUUUUGAUGAACAGUAAACUGGAGGGACGGCCACUGUCCAAGCAGCAGGAGCAGAUCAACACGAUGAACGAGAAAAUUAACAAACUGAUGCGUGAGGCGGAGGAAGCCGGCAUCCGGGGAGAUGUGGAACAGGCGCAGGGGCUGAUGCAAAUGUGUGAUCAGCUGAAGGAAGAAAAAGAUGCGCUGGUAAAACAGCACGAAUCAAACGGUUGGUCAGUUACGGCGGAAAUAGCUGCUGCACAGGAGAAACAAAUGGAAGUAUGCGAGGUUUGUGGGGCGUUUCUCAUUGUGGGUGAUGCCCAGCAACGAAUUGAUGACCAUUUAACGGGAAAGCAGCAUUUAGGAUAUUCUAAGCUGCGAAAAGCUGUGGAAGAGAUGGUUGAAGCGAGACGAAAGAGUGUCCCGAGAACAGAGGACCGUUCGACGAGACGAGAUGAGGUUCGAGUCGAUCGACGUGACCGUCAUCGCGAAGAACACAGGUCUAGGGAGCGCGACGACCGUUUUAAACGCGACGAUAGGCGAAGAGAUCGUCGUGAUUAUCGAGACCACCGGGAACGACCGGAUCAUGGUGGUCGCUAUGAGCGACGUGACCGAGAGCGACCGGACAGAGAUCGAGGUGACCGGGAACGGGGCAAUCGAGGAGAACGUAUGGACCGAGAGCGGAUCGACCGGGAGCGAGGAGGUGAUCGCGAUCGUCAUCACAAGCGAUCCGAACGUCACCGCAGUCGAAGUCGUAGCUUUUAAAACUCGAAUCAGGCGUUUAUAAUGCUAUUGGUGGAAUUUGCUUCGCGUUUAAAAACAACUUUUCAAUAGAGGUAUCCCAAGCUUCACAAAAUAAAAAAAACUAGACCAAUAUUAUUAAUUCAUCAUCAUUUAAGAUCGCAUCGCUUUCUUCAGCAUUCAGUCCAGUGGUAUCCACAGCAGCAGCGCUCAGUGUAACGAACCAUAAUUCAGUUUUAGUUUUACUCUUUAGAUGCGCUAGACACAAUGUGAAGCACAUACAAUUAUACAAAAGUAAAAUAGCAAUAUGAUUAAGAAUCACACUUGUUCGUUCGUACGAUUAAAAACUGUAUUGUGACAAUAGUGCAUCCCCCGGGCAAGCAAGUCUGUGUUGAUUGUUGCUUAUCACGCUUACGGAACCAUUACAACAUUACAAUGUCAUCAACGAAUGCAGUAAUUUUACUCCCGGAUAAACAUCAAUAACAGGUACCGUGUGUUUUUAAUAUCCCACUAUUAUAUCCACAACAGUGACUAUUGUUUAUCUAUAAUAAACAAAAGGCGACAACAGUUAAUCGUCUUCAGCACUUAAGACAGUUGAUGUGAUGUCGGUUUUCAACUCUGUAGCUAAAUAGACUUUAUCCAAUUGAAUAUUUCAAUAAACGAACUUUCUUCGUUUCAUACCAUACAACACAAGUUUCUACUUCCAUUGUAAAUUUUGUAUACACUGAACGUUUUCUUACCUCUUAGGUUACAAUUUGAAUUUGUCUCAAAAAAAAACUAAAUAUUUCGAAUUAUCAAUCUACAUCAAUAACACAAAAUGUAGAGGUUACAAAAUAUUAACAUAUUGAACGAAUAGUCAAUAAGUUAUUUGACGCACUUUCUGAUGUACCACAACAUUGUUUCUGAGAAUUUUUCUAACACCAUAUCUUUACGGACACUGGCAAUAGUAAAUGUCAUGAACACGUCAAAUUACGGAACUUAAUAAAAGCAACAAA